GAAAGUUUCCAGCGGCUCAGUUCAGCGGAAGUGAAGUGCUUGGAACAGGUGUCUGUGUGCUUCUGUCGUCGCGGGACUCGUCAGCUCGUUGUGAAGAGUUCCAAGUCGGUCCGUGCAGCAGAGGACUCCGCUUUCUGUCGCUUAACAAACAUGUCGAGCCUCCGACCCAAACUGUGCGAGCUGGAGAAAGGAUCCAGCGGCUACGGGUUCCACCUGCACGGGGAGCGGGGCAAGACCGGCCAGUUCAUCCGGCUGGUGGAGCCCGACACCCCCGCCGCCGCCGCCGGGCUCCAAGCCGGCGACCGCCUGGUGUUCGUGAACGGGGAGAGCGUGGAGGGCGAGAACCACCAGCAGGUCGUGGGCCGGAUCAGAGCCACCUCCGGGGCUCUGGAGCUCAUCGUGGUGGACGCCGAAACCACCGAGCUGCUGAAGAAACACGGGCUGCAGGUUCGGAGAGAGUACGCCACGGAGGGGAUCCCCCUGCCGGGCGGGGACAGCGACUCGGAGCGGGCGGACAGGCAGAGCAACGGCACCCCGAGGGAGGCCACCCCUGUCCCGCGGGAGAACGGGGACACGUCCUCGCAGAGGUCGGACAGGCUGAGUGUCACCUCCAGCAUCAAGGAUGAGAGAGGUGGGCUGCGGCCUCGUCUCUGCCACAUGAAGAAGGGAGCUAACGGCUAUGGCUUCAACCUGCACAGUGAGAAGACCAAACCGGGCCAGUUCAUCAGAGCUGUGGACGAUGACUCCCCAGCAGAUAAAGCCGGACUCAGACCACAGGACAAGAUCAUCCAGGUUAAUGGGUUGACUGUAGUCGGGAUGCAGCACUCAGAGGUGGUUGGGGCCAUCAAGGCCGGAGGAGACAAGACCGAGCUGCUGGUGGUCGAUGCUGAGACUGAAGAGUUCUUCAAGAAAUGCAAUGUCCUGCCCACCGAGGAACACCUCACUGGACCUCUUCCUAAGCCAGCGUCAGAGAGAGCAUCAGAGAACGAAGAGGCGUCAGCACUGAUCAGGCCUCACGUGCCGGCGAGUCCCACAGCUUCCACUGCCUCCUCCGAGACCUCCCUGCCAGCAGCCAGCAGCAGCUCCCCACCUCCAGAGGUUGAGAGUGCCCCACAGCAGGGUGACGGCCUGGGUCUCAGUAUGUCAUUGGCUCAGGCCAGAGAAAGAGCCCAUAAGAAACGAGCCGCCAAGAAAGCCCCGGCCAUGGACUGGAGCAAGAGGAACGAGAUGUUCAGCAACUUGUAAACAUCAUCUUCAUCUUCAUCGGCAUCAUCUUCAGUUCAUUCUCCUCCAGACUUGUCCGUCGUGACUCCAGAGAGAUAAUCAGCCCGCCUUCUGUCUGGAUUCGCUUUUUUAUCACACUGUGAAUGAAGGACGCAGUUUUUAUUUAGAACAUUUUAAAACUCCCCCGUGUUGAAACAGUAUUAUUUGAUGAAUCUGUUGGUUUUAAUUUAGGGGUUUUCAACAUUUGAAAUGUCACUGUCACAAACAAGAAUGAAUGUUAAUAUAUUAAGAAGAAUGUGGGAGAGAGAAAGAAAAGUAAUGUACAGUUUUUCUCAUAUAACAAAAAAAGACCACGUCAGGAAUAGUAGGAAAAGUAGAUUAUUGUCAGAGUCGUGAUUUAAAUCUACACUUCAAAUGAAUGUCAGACCCUUGGUGUCUGUAAUCAGCAACUAGAAUUAAAGAGAGAAAAAAAAAUGUUGUGUCUGUGAAUGAACGCUGAGUCCGUGAAUAACAUUCCAUGACGACAGCACAGUCAGAAUGUUGUCGUCUGAAGACGACUGAGGAGACUGUGUAAGUUCUGUGCGGUUCGUCCAGUCACCCCCCCCCCCCCUGGGCUUCUGCCCUCAUUAUACGUGAUUCAAUGAAAUUAUUUUUUUCCACCUGUACAUACAUGAAUAAAUGAUUUUAAGAGGAAACAA